CAGGCCCCGGGCCGAGAAGGGGGCCAACCGAGGGAUUUGUGGGCUGCGGCUGCCGGGAACCAGCCUCGGGGCAAAGGAUCACGGAGCCGCCCGCCCGGGAGCCCUCUCGGGUACCCCAGGGGCCUCGAGCGCAUCCUUCUCCAGCCCGCGCACGCCGGGUUUCUCAGAUCUCUUUUCCUGGUUAGCGCGCAGCCUUAUCUAGGCCAGCGGGCGGGUUGUGCUGGGCCGUCUCGGGGAAGCAAACUGACUCCCGCCCCGGAACAUCCCCGCCAUGAAGCCCAACUUCUCUCUGCGCCUGAGGGUCUUCAACCUCAACUGCUGGGGUCUUCCCUACGUGAGCAAGCACCGUUCUGACCGCAUGAAGCGUCUGGGAGACUUUCUGAAUAUGGAGAGCUUCGACUUGGCUCUACUGGAAGAGGUGUGGAGUGAGCAGGACUUCCAGUGCCUGAAAGAGAAACUGUCUUUCACUUAUCCAGCUGCACACUACUUCAGGAGCGGAAUCAUUGGCAGUGGCCUCUGUGUCUUCUCCAAACACCCAAUCCAGGAAAUCAUCCAGCAUGUCUACACCCUCAAUGGCUACCCCUACAUGAUCCAUCAUGGUGAUUGGUUCUGUGGGAAGGCUGUAGGACUCCUGGUGUUCCAUCUAAGUGGACUUGUGCUCAAUGCCUAUGUGACCCACCUCCAUGCCGAGUACAGCCGACAGAAGGACAUCUACCUAGCACAUCGUGUGGCCCAAGCUUGGGAACUGGCCCAGUUCAUCCACCACACAUCCAAGAAGGCAGACGUGGUUCUUUUGUGUGGGGACCUCAACAUGCACCCAAAAGAUCUGGGCUGCUGCCUGCUGAGGGAGUGGACAGGACUGCAUGAUGCCUACCUUGAGACCCAGGAUUUUAAGGGCUUUGAAGAAGGCUAUACCAUGGUACCCGAGAACCAUUACGUCAGCCAGAAGGAUCUGGAGCCAUUUCCAUGUGGCAUCCGCAUUGACUACGUGCUUUACAAGGCGGUUUCUGGAUUCUGCAUCUCCUGUAAGAGUCUCAAAUCCACUGCAGGCCAUGGCCCCUACAAUGGCACCCCCCUCUCUGAUCAUGAGGCCCUCAUGGCUACUCUCUGUGUGAGACAUAGUCCCCUCCAGCAAAAUCCCAGCUUUACCUAUGGACCAGCAGGGAGGUUGCCGUUGAUCAGUGUGCUGAGGGAGGCCUGGACAGAGCUGGGGCUGGGUAUAGCCCAGGCUCGUUGGUGGGCUGCCUUCGCUGGCAAUGUGAUUGGUGUCGGGCUGCUUCUCCUGGUGUUGCUUUGUUUCCUUGUAGCAGAAGAAAGGGCCAGGGAAGUGGCCAUACUGCUUUGGACGCCCAAUGUAGGACUGGUGCUGGGGGCAGGCGCAGUCUACCUCUUCCACACGCAGGAGGCCAGAGGCUUGUGUAGGGUCCAGACUGAGCUCCAGCAUGUGCUUGGAAGGGAAAGGGAAGCCCAGGACCUGAGCUCAGAGCGUCAGUUAGCUCUGCUCCUGGGGCAGGAGAGGGGACAGAACUGAGGAUCAAUAAAGCUUGACAUUUUA